AUGCCGUUCAAGAGGUACGUGGAGAUCGGAAGGGUAGCCCUCGUCAACUACGGCAAGGACUAUGGAAAGCUCGUCGUCAUCGUUGAUGUCAUCGACCAGAAUCGGGCUCUUGUAGAUGCCCCCGAUAUGGUAAGAAGCCAGAUGAACUUCAAGAGGCUUUCUCUUACGGAUAUCAAGAUUGAUAUCAAAAGGGUCCCGAAGAAGAAGACUCUGAUAGCUGCUAUGGAAGCUGCUGAUGUCAAGGGAAAAUGGGAAAAGAGCUCUUGGGGUAGGAAACUCGUUGUUCAAAAGAGAAGGGCCACCCUCAAUGACUUCGACCGAUUCAAGCUGAUGCUUGCAAAAAUCAAGAAGGCUGGGGUUGUCCGUCAGGAGCUUGCGAAGCUUAAGAAACAGACUGCAGCCUGA